UUUUCUUAGCUGUUAGGGCUGGCCCGGAGUUGUGUUGUGCCUAUAGGCAGACGAAUACGCACGGUACAGUCAGUCGUGCAGCACCGAGGCUCAGCCCCAGCGACUGCGUCUCCUGCGUCCGAAUACGGACAGAUACGGACAUCCAGCGCGCCCGAAAGCCGGCCAUCGUCAGACAAGCGCAUCCAGCCCACCAUGGCGCUACCGCCGCCAACCAUUGACCUGUUGCUCAACCUCAUCGACACCCGCCCGCAGUCCAUCCUCACGUCGCUGGUGCAGCACCCGCAACUUGCCUCGGCGCGCGAUGCUCAUGGCUACUCUUUGGUCCACGCCGCCGCCUCCUACAACCAACUCGCCGUGCUGCGCGACCUGAUUCAGAAGUUCAAUGCCGACGUCAACAUUCUAGACGAGGACGGCGAAACACCCCUCUUUGCAGCCGAAAAAAUUGAAGUCGCAAAAUGCCUGGUCGAGGAGCUGGGUGCAGACACCAGCAUUCGCAAUGGCGAGGGUCAAACGGCCGAAGACAAGAUUGGCGAGGAAGAAGGCGAGGCACACGAAGUCUACCAGUACCUGAGGAGUCGGAGAACUGGCUCUGAGCCAAUGCCGGCGGGCCUUGUAGAAACUGAGAGUGUACACCCCCCGCCGCCAUUACCCGGUGGUGUCAAGGUCAAUAUGGGCACUAUGGACGAAGAUGCCGCUGAGGCGCCAGAUCCGGAGAUACGGCGGCGGAUUGAAGAAUUGGCGGCGAGAGACGACUACAACUCGGAGGAGGUGCAGAGCCAACUGAGGGAGCUGGUGCAAGAUGUUGUCAGUGGCAUUGGGGGUGAGGAUGGAGGAAGAAGCGUAAAGAGAAGGGUCGACUGAGAACGACAACAAACCACAGCAGCAGCCACCGCCGCACCAGCCAACCACACGUGACAUGCUUGGAAGGCGUCCUAGAAGAGAUGCAAAAGGGAUUCCCACAAAGUAUGCCAGCGACAAGCCCCGCCGGUCAUUGUCGAGCCAGAAUGAGGGAGGCCCCGACAUGUCCCACUGCGUGACUGGAGAAGAGUCCAGACCAUCCAAGUAGUUCCAAUACAUCACAAAAGCAAGCUGUUUCACCAUGUCCUUUCCUCAUCCAGGUACUGCUCUAAUUUGAUUUCGUGGCCCU